AAACAGAGGGAGGGAUAGAGAGAGAGAAACAGAGAGAGAGAGGAACAGGUAACUCAUUAAUGUGCUGACUCUGCUACUGCCUGCACUCUCACGUCAUAUGAGCCGUCCAGGAACGCCUGACAUAGAACACACACACACACACACACACACACACACACAGACGCUGCACAGUGAGAGCUGGGUGACACACGCGCCCGUCACAUGCAAACAAUCAGCGGGCCGAGUGUGUGUGUGGGUGUGUGUGUGGUGGGGGAGGGGCAGGGUGAGCCUGGACGUCGGGGCAGCAUGGAGGUGGCGGACGAGGACUACACGUCGCCCUUUAACUUUGAGCAGGGGGUCAACACUCGCUACCUCUACCUCUACCCUCACCUGAGCGACACGCCGCCAGACUCACCUGCUCCCUCCACCAGAGGUGCGCAGAGGCCAGACUCCAUCCCUGAGGUUGGGGAGGACGCCGUGACGACAGUGGGCCCCCCCCUGCCCCCCCCAGCCCUGACAGAGGAAGAGCGAGAGGAACUUCGCUCAGAGCUUGCAAAGGUUGAGGAGGAGAUCCAGACCCUAUCUCAGGUGCUGGUCUCUAAGGAGAGGCAGGUGGCUGACCUGAAGCGCAAGCUGGGAGUCACCCCUCUAAACGAACUCCGACAGAACCUCACCAAGGGAUGGCAGGAGGUCACCACGUCCAAUGCGUAA